AUGCUGAUUGGAGACAGAGAUGUCCAAGUUACCCUCCAAAUACUCUCAGCUUUGAUCGAAAAAGCCCCCCGAGACUUACCUCUUUAUGCGCCUUACGUUCUGAAGAUUUUCAAUAUCAUACUUCGUGCGCGAGAUGUUACCAUGGUGGAGUCCUCAAUACCUACUUUCCAGGUCUUUUGCGAAAAUCAUGAUAUGGCAAGUCUGUCCGCGGACCAAGAAUACCUACAUCAAUACGAGGAGAUUGUGCAAAUAUACGCGUCAUUCGCUUCUACGAGGGUACAAACAAGUAGUAACGCCCAAAGUGCACCAAUCGCCAAAAAAUGGAGGAGCCUUGGGUUACAAGCAGUCAAGAGCGUGGCAUCUUCUGAAGCUUUAGCUACAGUGGCAGGAAGACAGUUGGACGUGAUUGUACCGAUACUGCUGGAGAAUAUUUGGACAGAUAAUGCGGACUUCAUUGACGUACUACAACAACGAGCUGAAAUGGAAGAGCAUAUGGGGACGGAAAAGCCGUUGUCGAAGAGAAGGGCAAGCAACGCAACGGCAGGAACGGCUGACACUGCAGGGGAGAAUGCUACCGCUUUAUCCGGAACCACUGCGGAUGCGGAUAAAUUGGCAGAGGAGAACAUUGGUGUUUUAGCUACUCAAUGUUUGAAACAGAUAUUUGUCGUCAAUAACCGAGCUCAAAUUCAUGGAGCCGCAACUGCAGUGUUGAAGUUUAUUGCGGAUCGAGUUUCUCAACGAGAAUCUGUUAUUGAGCCUGGUCCAAACGAGAAUUGCAAGGGAUGGGCACCUCGUAUCUUCGAAAUGAUUGCCAGGUGGACCCCUGUCCAAGAUCGAUAUGUCAUUUUGGUGACGGCCAUGGAUAGUUUGGUACGAGCUGACCAAGUUGAGGCUACUCUCAUGCAGCAGCUUGUCCUAGCAACAAUGGUAGAUUCCUUACUAAAGUCCGAUAUCAAUUUGAUAGGAUUAAGCGUAAUGGAUGUCUUGCUAGGAUUGAUACAGCACAUAUUGAUAAUUCUUCAACUUGGAAACGUUGGUGGACCUCAUCUUCAGCCAGAUAAUGGAGCGGAUGAAAAGAACAAUGUUGGCAAUUUGAAUGCCCCAGUUGCGUCUGAAAGUGCCUCAGUUCCAACAGACACUAGAAAAGAUCUUUUGGCUAGGCUGCAACAUUGCCUAGGAGAUUUGGCCACUCACGUUUACUAUGCUGAUCAAAUAUCGGACAUGGUUUCGGCGAUCCUGUCACGCUUGAAGCCUUCGCCAUUAUCACCUGUUCCAAGCACUGCUGCAGCUAUCGAGGACCCAAAGUCUGCAACAGAGGCUCUCCUAUCUGGCACUAAUAUGACCGAGGACCCAAAUACGGACGGAUUUUUCUCGUUUGAUACCGCCAAGAUCACUGCGCUUCAAUCCAUAAAGUCAAUCUUGCUUGUGGCAAGCCACAAAACGAUGACUGCGGGGAAUCUGGGAAGAAACAAAGUUCCAGUCAAGACUUGGGAAGGCACACAAUGGUUAUUGCGUGACGUGGACGGGCGCGUAAGAAAAGCAUACGCUGAUGCUCUAUUGACAUGGCUUGAUAGAGAAGUUACCAGGGCUGAUCAACAAGUUUUCGAUGAGAAGCCAAAGGGGAUGACGAAGGGUGCACGUGACGAAUCAUCUACGGAUCUCACGAAGAGGGCAGUGUCAAAUGCGUCAAAACCAGAGAAACCUUAUAGACCAUCACGGACAACAUUUCUACAGCUUCUACAUCUUGCCAUUUACGAAAAUAUUUUGCAAUAUGUAGAUAACGAGAACGACAUGGUUCUACUACAUCUUCUUCUUACAAAUCUUGUCAAGAGUUUGGGAGUAAACGCAGUCAGAAGUGGGUUGCCAAUGAUGUUCCGAUUACAAGAGGACAUACAGUCAUUUGAGCUGCCAGUUCAUAAAGUCCGUGUUGGAAGUUUAUGUCACGGGUAUUUCUGGACUUUGUGCGAAAAAUUCGAAAUCGAGAUGUCACCUGUCGGUAAAACGAUUCAAGACGAGAUUCGUCAACGCCAAAUAGCGAUGUUCUGGCCUGAUCGCAUUCGAUUCCCUCCCAUUCAACUUCAUGAUAUUGGUACUCCAGGUAGUACCACACCCCAACAAAGACAAGCUUCCAACUAUGCUGGAGCAGAUGCCUUAUCAACAUUCGAUGAUCGCUUCCAAAUGGUCAAACUCAUCUCGUUGUCGUAUGCAGCAUCUUUAAACUCACCUCCAAGUAGCCCUCCAACUUCUCCCGGUCGAAGUUAUACCCAUCCAAUACUAAGUGUAGAUAUCCCUUCCUCGACGCGAGAUACCAUCAUACCGGAAAGAAUUAAGGAAGAGAUGAUGGCAGAAUGGAACAAGGAGUCAGUGAUUGCCGUUGCGCAGGAAAUUAGCAAGACUGUCUCAAUCAGUGGAUCACGCGCAGGCACGAUGACCACGGGCCAUCGCAAUUACCUUACCAUUAAUGGGAUGAGUAACGGUAGCAACAGCGGAACGGCAUCGCCUAUCGGCGGUCAGAACUACAAAAGUGGACCAAAUUCUUCUUACGGAACAACCGGUGGCAUCGGUGCAAUGCAGAAAGUACGAAAAGGUAGCGGGCAUUCAAAUGCUCCUGCUAGUGAAUCAAGCCGUGGAUCGGUAAUGAGGGUUGAUCAAUUGAAACGAGUUCUCUCUGGUCAGACAACAACUGCACCAGGUACUAGGGCAGGCGCACCGCAGAGUGAUGCGAGUAGUGAGAGCAUGGUUAGUUAUGACUUCUCAGCUUCAGAUAUAUCUAUCAACACAUACAAUCAGCAGAACGCCUCCGGUGUAGAACGAUCAGGUUCUAUGGGCCGAUCGAGAUCGAAGUCACGAGACAGAGCUCCAAGUUAUAUGGAGCGACCUUUUUCUGCCAACCCCACAGAUAUAGCACAGGAUGGUUCCACGGUACCCCCUGUUCCGCCACUUCCAUCUUCGCUUGUGGGUGAAAAUGUCUCCAUUCACGAUCAAGCGCAAAAUCAUUCUCCAGAAGCAGAUCAAACCGGUCGAGGUACGAAAAGAAGUACAAAGAGUAGAGCAGGUGGAUAUCAAAGUAUGCCAUGGGACGAGGAGAAUGGAAAUGUGGUUGAUCUUCAGGGCUUGCUUAGUGGUAUUGAAAUUGGUGAGGACCAAAAGGGGGAUGCCGGUAUGCCUCCUUAUUGA